AUGGUGCACUCCAAGGUCGUCAUCAUCGGCUCUGGCCCCGCCGCGCACACGGCCGCCAUCUAUCUAUCUCGCGCCGAACUGAAACCGGUCAUGUACGAAGGCAUGCUGGCCAACGGCACCGCGGCCGGCGGACAACUCACCACGACCACAGACAUUGAAAACUUCCCGGGUUUCCCCAAGGGUAUUGGCGGUAGCGAGCUCAUGGACGAUAUGCGCAAGCAGUCCGAGCGCUUUGGCACCGAGAUCAUCACCGAGACCAUCUCGCGCGUGGAUCUGUCGCAGCGGCCCUUUAGGCUGUGGAAGGAAUGGGCCGAUGGCGAGAACGAGGAGCCCGCGCACACGGCCGAUGCGGUGAUUAUCGCGACGGGCGCGAAUGCGCGUCGUCUGGAUUUGCCGGGCGAGACGCAGUACUGGCAAAACGGUAUUUCGGCGUGCGCUGUGUGUGAUGGCGCAGUGCCCAUUUUCAGAAAUAAGCCGCUGUAUGUCAUUGGCGGUGGUGACUCGGCUGCGGAGGAGGCGAUGUUUUUGACAAAGUAUGGGAGUCACGUUGUGGUGUUGGUGCGCAAGGAUAAGCUGAGGGCGAGCAAGGCCAUGGCCAAGCGUCUGCUGGCGAAUCCCAAGGUUACUGUGCGUUUCAACACGGUGGCUACGCAGGUUCUGGGUGAGGAAGGGCCCAGGGGCCUCAUGACCCAUCUCAAGGUCAAGAACGUGGUCAGCGGCGAGGAGGAGACGGUCGAUGCCAAUGGUCUGUUUUAUGCAGUUGGCCACGACCCUGCCACCGCGCUGUUCAAGGGCCAGAUCGACCUAGACAGCGAAGAGUACAUUGUCACACAGCCGGGAACCAGCUACACGUCUAUUCCUGGUGUUUUUGCUGCUGGUGACGUCCAGGACAAACGCUACCGCCAGGCCAUUACCAGUGCUGGCUCUGGCUGCGUCGCCGCCCUCGAAGCCGAAAAGUUCCUUUCCGAGGAAGAAUCCAGCGAAGAAAACCCCGCCGCUGCCACAGAAACUGGCCAGACCAGGAUCGAGCCCGCGGCGGCCGAGCAGAAUGCAGAGGCAGCAAAGGAGAAGCCCACAGGCUCGGCGGCGGCUGAGUAUAGACAGAACCCGCUGCUUUAA